AUGCCCAAGGACUACCUGACGAGCCUUCCGCCCAAACUGUUCGACUACAUCUGCCAGCUCGUCAUUGACGACAGGCCGCAGCAAUACCUCGGCGGCAUCUCGAAGGCGUUCCUUCCCUCAGCGCGCGAACGGACUUUCAGGAGUGUCUCUGCCGAAACCGAGCCGGCAGCCACGAAGCUGUUCGAGGCUCUCGCGGCCAGCCCUGGCGCAGCAUCGCAUGUCAACUACCUCACACUCCGUCUCCCCGAAACCGCCUUCUCUUCCAAAGCCUUUGCGCCGACAGUCCGCGCAGCGAUCCGGCACCUUCGCAAACUAGGCAUUCUGGAGGUCUCGGGUGCAUACGAGCUCUCAAAGAGGUUGUUGUCCCCGACGUCGCCUUCGACGCUGCCCGAGCUCUUUUGGCUCAAGAUCUGCAGCACCCUGAAGGGCUGGAGGUCGCCUUUCUCGCCAGAACACUACCGCACUCUCAAACACUACGGUCGACUGUAUCGGCUGGAUUUGUCCAUCCAGCGAAGCAAGAUUUGGCGCAUCGGUUGGUCGCCGCGAGGAGCCGAACCGAUCUCGAUGCCUUCGACCUUCCGCCAGCUUAAGCUUGGAGGUGGAGCAGUCGAAACUUCUAAAGCUGAUGUGUUGGCGAACGCCUUCACUCCCUCGGUACUCCAACUCGAGGGAGGUCGGGGCAGUGACGCUCCGAUAUCUCCUCGCCUUCAUCGUCUGCCAUGCAGCGUCGCCGAGCUGAGUCUCCAGCGGUAUUCCCCGCUGCUUGAAGACCUCAGUGCAGUUCUGCCGAACCUUCGACAAGUCAAGGAAUUGUCCCUGUACGGCAGCUUUGACUGCUCGACCAUCUUGCCCCUCCUCGCUCGCGAGCUACCAUACCUUGCCUACCUCGGACUGGAGGCGAAUGAGUCCUUUACGGCGCAGCACCUAGUUGACAUCCUUCAGGGGCCGCAAAAGAUCCUCACGCUCCGAUUCCUCUUCUUGGCGGGUCCGUUCGCCAGACGUUCUGUGCACGUCUCCCUCGAGCCGGAGGAGCUCAUUGAAGUCGUCGAGCUGGCGGACCGAGAGGACGUUCGGAUCGCAGGCAGUCGCUUCUGGGCGGCGGUCAGGGAGCAGGGACGGCGAGAGGGUUACUUGGCGGCUAAGGAGGAACUGCGACGGGAAGACGCGAGACGUGCGGCUGCAUCGGCGGCAGAGUGGUGA